GCUGCUCCAUUGUUUGUUUAUAAAAACCUUAAUAUUUUUUAAUGUUAACUUCAAUCGUUCUGGGAUCCUAUCGAAAGAAACAUCGAUAAAUAAUACAAAAAAAAAAAAAACUCUCGCACACCUAUUUUUUGUUGCACAAUUUAAAUGGCUUUCGUUGCAGUGCAUUCGCGUAAAAUCGUGGUGGUGGCGUUGUUCUUGGCCAUCGCUGGCUUUUACAUUCGCGAAGUGUCCUCGCUGGACCUAUCACACGGCGGUAUUAUAACGGUGACAAAUGAUACACGUUAUUUUGUCCUACAUCCAGAUUCUUCCAAGGAAGUUUUCGACAAGGAGCACUAUGCCAAGGGCAAUAUAAUGUUUACAUCCGGUCAACGUAUUGAAGGCGAUCGUUUAAUUCUAACCUACAUGGAUCAAACACAAUACACUCGUAACGAGGAUGUGGAAGUUUUGCUGCAAUAUCCUGCAGAAGGUCGCAAAGGAUAUUACAUAAGUUUUGUUCUCAUCUAUGCCGAUGUAUCGACGACAGACUGUGAUGCCUAUUUUGUAGAUGGGGGCAUUGGGCAGACCUAUUGCAAAAUUUUGAUCGCCUGCAACAAGACUUCAAACUUUGGUUAUCAAAUCUAUUUGUAUGGCUAUUGAUUCACAAUAUAUGCUUGUCUAUGUAAAGAGAAAUGGAGAAAUAGUAACAAAACAAAGAUCUGUGAUUCAAUUGUAACUAAAUGUGUCUCAUUACAACAAAAGCAACAUGUCUGCAGGGAUGUGUUAAGUUUAAUUUAGUUUCUGUUUGUUAACUUAAUUUUAUACAUAAGCUUUAUUAGUUUUUUAAGUUCUAUUUGUAAAGAAUGUUGAAAGAAAAAAAUAUAUAUUUAAAAACCAAAAAAAAAAAAACAACACAG